CCCCGCCAGCCGGAGGAUCGGGAGCGUCCGUCCGUCCGUCCAUCCGUCCGUCCCGGGCCCGCGGCGGGGCCCGCCAGGAGAAUAAGCAAUGGCGUUCCAGAAGGCAGUGAGAGGGACGGUUCUCGUAGGAGGUGGUGCUCUGGCAACGGUGUUAGGCCUCUCUCAGUUCACUAGUUAUAAAAAGAAGCAAGGUAAUCUGACUUCUGUGGAAGCUGCAGAGUGCUUCAGGGAGCCAGUCAACCGGGACCCUCCCUCCAGAGAGGCUCAGCUUCUUACUCUGCAGAAUACAGCGGAAUUUGACGUUCUCGUCAUUGGAGGAGGAGCAACAGGAUGCGGCUGUGCAUUAGAUGCCGUGACAAGAGGACUAAAAACAGCCCUUGUAGAAAGAGAUGAUUUCUCAUCAGGGACCAGCAGCCGAAGCACUAAAUUGAUCCAUGGUGGUGUGAGAUAUCUUCAGAAGGCCAUCAUGAAGUUGGAUUUCGAACAGUACAGGAUGGUAAAAGAAGCACUUCAUGAGCGUGCCAAUCUGCUGGACAUUGCCCCCCACCUAUCUGCUCCGUUGCCGAUAAUGCUGCCAGUCUACAAAUGGUGGCAGCUGCCUUACUACUGGGUGGGAAUCAAGUUGUAUGACCUCGUUGCUGGAACUCAGUGCCUGAAAAGCAGCUAUAUCCUCAGCAAGUCAAGAGCAUUAGAGCAUUUUCCGAUGCUACAGAAGGAUAAGCUCGUAGGUGCUAUUGUCUACUAUGAUGGACAGCACAACGACGCACGGAUGAACCUCGCCAUCGCGCUCACUGCUGCCAGGUACGGCGCUGCCACAGCCAAUUACACGGAAGUGUUGCACUUGCUGAAGAAGACAGAUCCCCAGACGGGGAAGGAGCGCAUCAGCGGUGCCUGCUGCAAAGACGUCCUAACGGGGCAGGAGUUUGAUGUGCGAGCCAAAUGUGUUAUCAAUGCUACGGGCCCUUUCACAGACACGGUGCGCAAAAUGGAUGAUCAGAAUGUAGCGAACAUCUGCCAGCCCAGUGCUGGGGUGCAUAUCGUGAUGCCUGGUUACUACAGCCCUGAAAGCAUGGGAUUGCUUGAUCCAGCCACAAGUGAUGGCCGAGUCAUUUUCUUUUUACCCUGGGAAAAGAUGACUAUAGCUGGGACUACUGAUAGCCCAACGGAUGUUACCCAUCACCCCAGUCCAUCGGAUGAAGAUAUUAAUUUCAUUUUGAAUGAAGUGCGCAACUAUCUGAGCUGUGAUGUGGAAGUGCGAAGAGGAGAUGUCCUGGCCGCGUGGAGUGGGAUCCGUCCCCUGGUAACCGACCCCAACUCUCAAGACACCCAGUCGAUCUCUCGUAAUCACGUGGUCGACAUCAGCGACAGUGGCCUUGUCACCAUCGCAGGUGGAAAAUGGACCACAUACCGCUCUAUGGCUGAAGACACCAUCGACGCAGCCAUCAAGACCCACCACUUAAAUGCUGGGCCAAGUCGAACAGUUGGGCUCUUUCUACAGGGAGGAAAAGACUGGAGUCCAACCCUCUACAUUAGGUUGGUUCAAGAUUAUGGACUUGAGAGUGAGGUGGCUCAACACCUCUCCACCACAUAUGGCGACAAAGCCUUCGAGGUGGCCAAGAUCGCAAGUGUAACUGGAAAGAGGUGGCCCAUCGUGGGAGUUCGUCUCGUGUCUGAAUUUCCCUACAUCGAAGCCGAGGUCAAGUAUGGGUUGAAGGAGUAUGCGUGCACUGCCGUGGACAUGAUUUCCCGCCGCACCCGACUUGCCUUUUUGAACGUCCAGGCCGCCGAAGAGGCCCUGCCCAGGAUUGUGGAGAUAAUGGGGAAAGAACUGAAUUGGAGCGAACAGAGGAAAAAGGAAGAACUCGAAAAAGCUAAGAUGUUUCUGUAUUACGAGAUGGGCUACAAAUCCAAAUCAGAACAACUGACCGACCGCUCAGAGAUCAGCCUCCUGCCCUCAGAUAUUGACAGGUACAAGAAGAGAUUUCACAUGUUCGACAAAGACAAAAAGGGCUUUAUUACCAUUGUUGAUGUUCAGCGUGUGUUAGAGAGCAUCAGCAUUCAGAUGGAUGAAAACACACUUCAUGAAAUUCUAAAUGAAGUGGAUCUGAACAAAAACGGACAGGUGGAACUCAAUGAGUUUUUGCAGCUGAUGAGUGCUAUCCAGAAAGGAAUGGUGUCUGGAAGCCGGCUGGCUAUGCUGAUGAAAACCGCAGAAGAAAACCUGGGCCCUCGGGUCCCCAUUCCGGUGGACCGGAGCUGUGGAGGAGUGUGAAUUGGAGCAGCUUGAAGACAAAAUCCCAAUGCACACAAACCUGACUAUCACUCAACAACCAGACCAUCCUGCUCCUGAAAUUGGUGGAUGUUGGUAGCUGCCAUCUCUAUGCAGGGAAACAUUCCAAAACUUCAGGUGUCUGUGCUGAUUCUCUUGAUUUAUCUGCCAGUCAGACUAAUUUUAUAAAAAGUGCAUUUUACCCUUUCUUUAUUAAUUCUCUCCUGAGCGGGUAUCGAUGGUGGGCUUCAUUUGGGUGGCUUGGUGGAUUGGUUGUGCUUUCUCCAUUGUGGAGGCAGAAAUGUGUUGGCAAAAAUUGAAGAAGGAGCCUGAGAGUGAGUGCUGACACAUGCACAGCCCUGGUCAACUUUUAGAUCCCCUUUCCUCUUUAAAGAGCUCCCCUCCCUGCUCCAUUUUGGGACAUGUGUCGCCCCAUUUUGGGUCAAAAGCUGGCCAGCCCAAAACAGAGAGAGAACAAAUUUCAGUAGCAAGUUGCUGAGAAAGGCAGAAAAUUUCCAGAAUUGCAGGUAGAAGGAAGAAUAUCACUGGCAUGUCCUGAGCCUUCAGAUAUGGUUUGUUUUUACAGAUUUGUUUCUUUUGGGGAAGCCAGUUCGGACCCCCGCCUUCCUUAAAAGGCACAUCGAGCUAGGCUCCAGGAGGAACUGCACAUUUCCAUCUCAUUGGAAUAGGGCUACAGCUACGGGAGGGAGGAUUUCUCUAUAAAAGCACAAUUUUCCACCCUUUACGUUUGUGAAAAAGUCUGUUUUGGUAUCGCCAAACAUUUGUCUGGUUGCCACAUGUUGCACUCUUAGCACUUCCUAGAGAAAUGGUAAUUGUGGGUAAACAAGUUUUAAAUUUUUUCUACAGUCUAGGUAAUUUACAAAAAGGCACAAGUUUGCAGUAACAAAGGGCACUUCAUUGGCUUAAAUUGUUGUCGUCCCUCUGCUGUAUCACAAGCUUGCUUAGGCUGCUUUAAGCAUGCAGCAUGAAGGCUGUUGCUAAGUUAGAUAUUUUUGCUGCACCAUUGAACCAGUUUUACUUCCAGCCACUUUGCUCUUUCCCUUUGUGAGAUGAGCAGCCCGAUUUCUGAUGAUCAAGUCUUUUGGUGUAAGGAAGUAGAGCACUUACAGGUUUCUAGGCUGUUAUUUACUCCCCAAACCUUCCUCAGUUGCACGGCACCAGUAACAUCCCAAAGAUGCUUUCUAGCGUGGCAGUAAAGGACUCACAUUAUGCCAGCGUUAAAAUGUCGUUCUCCUGUAUGUCCAUUUCAGCUAAUAAUCCUUUUAUCUUGUGCUUAAGAUCUAGGAGAAAUGGUCAGAUGUAGGAAGCUGGCUAUUGUUUGGUUACAGCUGCAGAAAGUCCAGAUCUUCUCCAGCCAGGCCACAGAUGCUAAAAAUGGCAUUUAUCUUACUCCUGGGGGCUCAUGAAGAGCAACUCAGUGUUUCCCUACUGCUACAAGAGAUUUCUCCAAUUGCUUUCUCAGAAAAGCCUGCUUUCUCAAAACAUCCCAGAUAAAAACAUGCGACGUGUCUUAUUCUCGCUCCCUCUCGGUCAUGUUAGAUCAAGAUAGAGCCGACUUGUAUCUCCCUGCAUCUAUAACAGGCGGGGACCGGCCUGGUCUCUCUUGCUCAGGGGCUCUGAGGUUCCUGAGCUGCAUUUGUGUCUGUGAGUAUGGCCCCAAGCCCCCGCGGAGCAAACCAGCGCUGUUCCUGCCCCACCUGCUUGCUCCGAAAAUCCACACACACUGGAGGCAAAAAGGCAGUUUUUGCUUGGGAAAAAUCAGCAGGAGCCUCAGAAACUCAAUUUUUCCUUUUUAUAAAAGUCUGCUUUGGGAUGUGUCCGGAGAAGGAAUUGGUUGGUUACACCAUCCAAGUAGGUAACUACUUGGAGGUCACGGUCCUAGCAGAGAAAAAAACCCCUAACCUUUACACAACCAAGCCUGCCGUUCUGUCCUUCCCUUUUCACGGAAUGCAGUUGGAGUGGACGGUGCAGGCUGUUGUCGGCAAAUAAGCGCCUGCUUCCUCACUAAAAUUGACUUUUGAUUCUGACUUUCCUUAGAGUGAGCGACUCGCAUGCUGCCUACUUUUUGUUCAGUGGCAAAAAUCGCAUUCUGACCUCAAGUCGGAAAAAGGGAAGAGUAGUUAGGCAGUUGACUUCAUUCUCCUGCUUUUCAUAUAUUGCAAAAAAAUACUUUGAAGUUCGUCAGCGUGGCUAUAAGAUCGCAUUGUUCGGCACUAUUUCAAGUCCUGUAUGGGGCAACGGGAAAACCACAUCCAUAUACCAGGAGCCCAAGUGCAGUGUGUCCCUACCUACUGCAUGUUUAUACAUGUGGCACUUUUAUGUAUUGUGUGAGGUUAUUGUUCUAGAUUGGACUGUUAAAUACUGUGUUUGAGGCUGGGUUGUCAUUUUUAUAACUGUCUUGGUGUUUUAUUGCCAUUAUUUAUUACUUUUGAUAUACAGAAUGAGCUGCAUGCAUUUAUAGAGCAAUAAGAGGAUGUAUUUAAUGUGCCUUGUUUUUAACUGAAUAAGAACUGAAAGCAUGAAUCAAUAAAACUGAUUAAAAUGGCCCACUCGUUGGCAUUUUGAUGUUACUGGCAGUCACAGAAAUAACUUGGAUUGGUCUUGAAGUUAAAUAAAAAAAGAAUAAAGUUUGAGAUGGUUACUUUUGGAAA